CUCACCGUCUAUACCUCAACUCACCACCCAGAUCACGGCCCCCUGGCGACUACGACCACUAAACCUCCAAACAGACUCAACAUCACCGGCAAUGGCAUACCUAGCGCAAGUUCCCUCGCCCGUCGGCGUGUUCCCGCAAUUCUUUGCCCGCGGCUCUGAAACUCUGGUCCUCAAGGAGAAGGUUCUCUCACUUACCGGCGACGACUUUCACAUCAAGCUUGCCAAUGGCACACCGAUUAUUCGUGUAGAGGGCAAAGUAAUGUCCCUCUCCGGCCGCAAGAAGGUGUUUGACGAGCAGGGCAACCAUUUGUUUGAUAUUGUGAAGGAGCAUUUUCAUAUUCACCCGACGUUCCGCGUGGAAGAUGCGCAGGAGAAGAAGAUCAUGGAGGUCAAGAGCUCGUUCACGUUGAGGGGCAGCAAAGCCACAGCAACAAUCACUUCCCAGUCCGGCAAGCAAGAAGUCCUCACAAUGCGUGGCCACUGGUUCGACACCACAGCCGACAUCACGAACGAAGCUCAGGGCAAUGCUGUCGUAGCAAGAAUCGACCGCAAGUUCCUCUCCGGCAAAGACCUUUUCUUCGGCCAACAAACCUACGCCGUGACCGUCGCGCCAGGCGUCGAUAUGGCACUGAUAGCAGCCAUGUGUAUCUGCCUGGACGAGAACAACGAGAAAAACUAG